AAAAUUAAAAAUUAAAAAUCAAACACUUUCUUGCUUUUCUUUGCUGUGGCAACCUGUUUCAACGCAAGACCCAUCACAUACGCAUGUAGAUCUCAAUUCUAAACCUCUUCCAUUUCCACACUACAAUGUCUACUUCUCAAACCCUAGGAGGUUCGUCGCGCUGCGGCCGUGUUCUCGGCCCUUCACUCGACAAAAUCGUAAAAAACGCCGCUUGGCGGAAGCACUCUCACCUUGUCUCCGCCUGCAAAUCUGCUCUCGAUAAGCUCGAUUAUAUUGCCGAUUCUAAUUCCCACUCUUCACUCUUUGGUGUCUCUCCCUCCGACGCUGAAUUCCUUCUUCAACCCUUACUUCUUGCCUUAGAUUCCGCCUAUGCCAAGGUCGUUGAGCCUGCACUUGAAUGCGCCUUCAAGCUCUUCUCUCUCGGCCUACUCUGUGGCGAGAUCGAUCCCAAUGUUUCUGUUAAUACUGUGCUCUUUAAGUUGUUUGAGAAUGUCUGCAAGGUUUGCGGCAUUGGAGAGGAAACUAUAGAGCUCUCAGUGCUUAGAGUUUUGCUUGCAGCUGUGAGAUCUCCCUGCAUUUUGAUUCGCGGUGAGUGUUUGUUGAAUCUUGUUAGGACUUGUUACAAUGUUUAUCUUGGUGGCGUGAAUGGGACCAAUCAGAUCUGUGCAAAAUCCGUUCUUGCCCAAAUUAUGCUUAUUAUUUUUACCAGGGUUGAGGAAGAUUCCUUGGAUGUUAGUGUUAAAACUGUUUCAGUUAGCGAAUUGUUGGAAUUUGCGGAUAAGAGUUUGAAUGAAGGCAGCUCCAUAUAUUUUUGCCAGAAUUUUGUUAAUGAAGUUAUGGGAGCUAGUGAGGGGCUUCCAGAUGCCAAACUCUUGUUGCAUAGUACUUCUAUAGUAUUGCAGAAUGGUAGUGGUGAUGGUCCUGGUCCUGGUCCUGCUGGUGAUGCAAAGGUGACAGAUGGUGCUGAGUUGGGCGAUAGAGAAGCAAAUGAUGGAGCUGAAUUUGUUGGCACUGGUGCUGGAGGAAGUAAGAUUAGGGAGGAUGGUUUUCUUCUUUUUAGGAACCUCUGCAAAUUGUCCAUGAAAUUCUCAUCUCAGGAGAACCCGGAUGAUCAAAUUCUUCUUAGAGGCAAGAUUUUGUCACUGGAGUUGCUCAAGGUGGUCAUGGACAAUGGUGGUCUGAUUUGGCGCAACAAUGAAAGGUUUCUCAAUGCUGUUAAGCAAUAUCUUUGCUUGUCAUUGUUAAAGAAUAGUGCACUCUCGGUCAUGGUUAUUUUUCAGCUCCAGUGUUCUAUCUUUAUGAUUUUGUUAUCGAAAUUCAGAUCAGGAUUGAAGGCAGAAAUUGGAAUAUUCUUUCCCAUGCUUAUCCUCAGGGUGCUGGAGAAUGUUAACCAGCCUAGUUUUUUACAGAAAAUGAUAGUCCUGAACUUUUUGGAGAAGAUUGCUCAGGAUUCACAGAUUAUAGUUGAUAUUUUUGUGAAUUAUGACUGUGAUGUGGAUGCUCCAAACGUAUAUGAAAGGAUUGUCAAUGGCCUUUUGAAGACUGCUCUAGGACCACCUCCGGGUUCAACCACAACUCUAUCUUCAGCCCAGGAUAUUACUUUUCGACACGAGUCUGUUAAGUGUUUGGUUGGCAUAAUCAAAUCAAUGGGUGCUUGGAUGGAUCAACAAUUGAUAAUAGAAGAAUCCUAUGUGCCUAAGAGCUCGGAGAGUGAUGUGUCAACGGAGAAUCAUUCAAACCCAAGUGGGGAAGAUGCAAGUAGCCCUGAUUAUGAUUUACAUGCAGAAGCAAACUCUGAAAUUUCAGACACCGCCAGCUUUGAACAGCGUCGGGCGUAUAAAAUUGAACUCCAGAAAGGUAUCUCCCUAUUCAAUAGGAAACCUUCCAAGGGCAUUGAAUUUCUGAUAAAUACCAAAAAAAUUGGUGCUUCCCCAGAAGAAGUUGCUGCCUUCCUGAAAAACGCUACUGGCCUAAAUGAAACCAUGAUUGGUGACUAUUUGGGUGAAAGAGAAGAGUUUUGUCUUAGAGUUAUGCAUGCUUAUGUGGACUCAUUUAAUUUUAAGAUGAUGGAUUUUGGUGAAGCAAUAAGGUUUUUCUUGCGGGGCUUUAGAUUACCUGGAGAGGCACAGAAGAUUGAUCGCAUCAUGGAAAAGUUUGCAGAGCGCUAUUGUAAAUGCAAUCCAAAUUCAUUUACAAGUGCAGAUACGGCCUAUGUUCUUGCUUAUUCUGUGAUACUGCUCAACACGGAUGCUCAUAACAGCAUGGUGAAAAAUAAGAUGACAAAGGCAGAUUUCAUACGAAACAACCGCGGGAUAGAUGACGGCAAGGAUUUACCUGAAGAAUAUCUGAGUACACUCUAUGAUAAAAUUAUUAAAAAUGAAAUUAAAAUGAAUGCUGAUUCUUCUGCUCCACAAAAUAAGCAGGCAAAUAGUUUAAAUAAGCUAUUGGGUUUGGACGGUAUACUCAAUUUAGUCACUUGGAAGCAAACAGAGGAAAAGCCAUUAGGAGCAAAUGGACUCCUCAUAAGGCACAUCCAAGAACAGUUCAAGGCAAAGUCUGGAAAAUCAGAGUCUGUGUAUCAUAUUGUUACAGAUGCAGCAAUCUUGAGGUUCAUGGUUGAGGCCUGCUGGGGUCCCAUGCUGGCAGCAUUUAGCAUGACGCUUGACCAGACUGAUGAUAAACUUGCUACAUCUCUGUGCUUACAGGGCUUUCGAUAUGCAGUGCAUGUUACUGCAGUAAUGGGAAUGCAAACCCAAAGAGAUGCUUUUGUAACAUCUAUGGCUAAGUUUACCUAUCUCCAUAAUGCUGCAGAUAUGAAGCAAAAGAAUGUUGAUGCGGUUAAGGCAAUAAUAUCAAUUGCAAUUGAAGAUGGUAAUUAUCUUCAGGAAGCUUGGGAGCAUAUCUUAACUUGCCUAUCCCGAAUUGAACAUCUGCAGCUUCUGGGAGAGGGUGCUCCUCCUGAUGCAUCUUUCUUGACUUCAUCAAAUGUUGAAGCAGAUGAUAAAGUAUUGAAGUCUAUGGGUUAUCCAUCUCUGAAGAAAAAGGGAACUCUCCAGAAUCCAGCUGUAAUGGCUGUUGUUAGGGGGGGUUCAUAUGACAGCACCACGGUUGGAGUGAAUUUUCCGGGGCCAGUAACUGCAGAGCAGAUCAGUCACUUCAUCUCGAAUUUGAAUUUGCUCGACCAGAUAGGGAAUUUUGAGUUGAACCAUGUAUUUGCUAAUAGCCAGAGGUUAAACAGUGAAGCAAUAGUAGCUUUUGUGAAAGCUCUUUGCAAGGUUUCGAUGGCAGAGUUGCAGUCCCCAACAGAUCCUCGUGUGUUUAGCCUCACAAAAAUAGUUGAAAUUGCGCAUUACAAUAUGAAUCGCAUCAGAUUAGUUUGGUCCCGAAUAUGGAAUGUCUUGUCCGAUUUUUUUGUAUCAGUUGGCUUGUCAGAAAAUCUCUCUGUUGCAAUUUUUGUUAUGGAUUCACUAAGGCAACUUGCUAUGAAAUUUUUGGAGCGUGAGGAGCUGGCAAAUUACAACUUCCAGAAUGAAUUUCUGAGGCCAUUUGUGAUCAUUAUGCAGAAGAGCAGCUCUGCUGAAAUUAGGGAACUAAUUGUUCGCUGUAUUUCACAGAUGGUCCUUAGUCGCGUUAAUAACGUGAAAUCUGGCUGGAAAAGUGUUUUCAUGGUUCUUACAGCUGCUGCAGCGGAUGAGCGUAAGAAUAUCGUCUUGUUGGCAUUUGAGACAAUGGAAAAAAUCGUGCGGGAGUAUUUUCCUUAUAUAACUGAGACAGAGGCAACAACUUUCACAGAUUGUGUUAGAUGCCUCACAACCUUCACAAAUAGUAGAUUUAAUAGUGAUGUAAGCCUCAAUGCAAUUGCAUUUCUCCGGUUUUGUGCUGUCAAACUUGCAGAUGGUGGACUUGUAUGGAAUGAAAAGAGCAGGGUUAAUGAUGCAUCUACUCCACUGGUAAAUGAGGUUGCUUCAGAUAUACAGGCAUUCCGUGACAAAGAUGAUCAUGCAUCCUUUUGGAUUCCAUUGCUCAUAGGGCUAUCAAGACUAACAUCUGAUCCGAGAUCAGCCAUUCGGAGGAGUGCUUUAGAAGUGUUAUUCAACAUUCUCAAUGAUCAUGGCCAUCUAUUCUCACAGUCAUUUUGGAUUGAUGUCUUUAAUUCUGUUAUUUUACCCAUAUUCAGCAGUGUAUGUGACAAGAAAGAAAAUUUUAUUCAAGAUGGUCAGCAUUCGCCAACUUCAGUGUCUCAGCAUCAGGAAGGAAAUGCAUGGGAUCCUGAAACUUCUGCAGUGGCAGCUCAGUAUCUAGUGGAUUUAUUUGUUAGCUUCUUCAAUACAGUAUCAUCUCAACUACCAAGUGUGGUGUCUGUACUGACUGGAUUCAUUAGAAGUCCUAUUCAGGGACCUGCUAGCAGUGGGGUUGCAGCAUUAUUGCGGUUAUCAGGUCAACUGGGCUGUAGACUUUCUGAAGAUCAAUGGGGAGAGAUCUUUCUGGCUCUUAAGGAAUCUGCUGCAUCGACGUUACCUGGUUUUGUGAAGGUUUUAAGAAGCAUGGAUAAUCUUGAGAUGCCCGACACCUCUGAAUCUUAUGUUGAUGUUGAUGUCUCUUCUGAUCAUGGCUUCACCAAUGAGGAUCUGGAGGAUGACAAUCUCCAAACUGCUGCUUAUGUGGUUUCAAGAGUAAAAAGUCACAUUGCUGUGCAGCUACUAAUUAUUCAGGUUGUGACUGAUAUGUGCAAAGGACACAUGCAAUACGUGUCAGCUGCCAACGUCAGAAUUCUUCUUGAUAUGUUUUCAUCCGUUGCAUCACAUUCCCACCAGCUGAACUCCGACAUAAUCUUGCUGAAGAAACUGGAGAAAGCUUGCUCUAUACUAGAGCUCUCUGAUCCUCCCAUGGUUCAUUUUGAAAACGAGUCAUACCAAAAUUACCUGAACUUCCUUCAUGAUUUGCUAGUGGAUAAUCCAUCUGUGUCUAAGGAGAUGAAUAUAGAAUUGCAACUUGUGAAAGUAUGUGAAGAAAUACUGCAGAUAUAUCUAAAUUGUACUGGGUCUCAAUCAACACAUCAAAAACCUGUUAAUAAGCAAGCGGUACACUGGAUUCUUCCAUUGGGAUCAGCCAAAAAGGAAGAAUUGGCAGCAAGAACAACUUUGCUUGUGUCAGCUUUGCACGUAUUGAGCGAUCUAGAAAGGGAUUCCUUUAGGAGGUGCGUUCCGCAAUUCUUUCCUUUGUUAGUAGAUCUUGUGAAGAGUGAGCAUAGCUCAGGAGAAGUACAGCACAUUCUAAGCAACAUUUUCAAAUCAUGUAUAGGCCCAAUAAUAAUGGGAUGAAAUCAUUACUUUUUAGUACUAUACAAAAUGAUAGCCAUCAAAUCUCAUUUUUGAUCUCUAUAAUUACCUGGAGUAUGAGCCUCUUUUAUUUUUUAAUUGUAUCAAUUGCUUUUGUUGUAUGCUAAAGCCUGAAAAUUUUCUGCACAAAUGUAAAAGAUUGUCCGUGUAAACAUCGUGUUGUUACAGAAAUUGAUUGGAAUAGUCAUAGCAAUAAUGAUAAAUUUUUUGGUUA